AAGACCUAACUAGAAAGUAUGCUCUUAAUACAUUUUAUUACAAGAGAGAAGUAAAAAAUACGAACAAAGGCAAAAGAUCAUUAAAUGAAAAUGAAACAUCAAGGAAAAAGAAUCAAGCCAAACAUAUAUCUCUCAAAUCAAGCA